UGUCCAAUGGAUGUGUCUCGAAAAUCUUGUGUCGUUACUAUGAAUCGGGUACAAUUCGGCCGCGUGCAAUCGGUGGCUCAAAGCCUCGUGUGGCCACGCUUAGUGUUUGUGAUAAAAUCGAGAGCUACAAACGUGAACAACCGUCCAUAUUCGCGUGGGAGAUCCGUGAUAAACUACUCAACGAGAAGGUCUGCUCGGCCGACACCAUCCCAAGUGUGUCGUCAAUUAACCGUGUUCUCCGAAAUCUGGCCGCGAAAAAGGAGCAACAAGCGAUGCAGAACGACUUCUACGAUCGGGCACUGCGAUACUCAUCAACGCAAUGGUACAAUCAGUGGCCAAUGAGCAUGCCUGGCGCAGUUGGCCUAGCACCAUUUCAAGCGUUGACGCAGUCCAAUCACCUCGACAAAAAGGAUCCUGGUUAG